UUUUCUCCAUUUUUCGGCAAAAGCUAUCGAUCUUGAGAAGUUGAGCACGCGAUACGGGGUUUUAGCUGAUCCCACAAAUAGAUUCUCAUUGUAUUUUUAGUUUUCAAGUCAUUUCGUUGAUUUUGCCAGUGACUGAUAUGAUAGGAUCAUUCGUCCUCCCUGACUUUAUUCUUGCUCCCACUCUCAUGUCUUUACCUUGUAAGUGCCCUUGAAAGAGUUGAGCUUCGUUCGGCUGUAGCUGUUCAGUGGAAUUGCUCUUCUGACACUAACGUUUUACCGGCUGGAAAGAUAAUUGAAAAACAUUCGAUUCGAUAUGGCAGAUGAUGUGACUAAAAAUGUGGAAGCCUUUUCGGCUGAAAUAAGACGAGGGAAAAUGCGGUCUUUUCAAAUAGGCAGGACCACUCUCCUAUUGAUGCGCGAGAUCAUUUCACAAACACGAUGGUCGAAUGCCGGUGAGCUACUGGAAAAGAUUCGUGAAGAAGGCAAGAAACUUGUCAGCCACCACCCAGAAGAGACUACCAUUGCCAAUGUCAUUAUCAGUAGCGAGGCGUCUGCCUCUGCUGCUUUGGCGGACAAGGAUGCAAAGCCUGUUGAACGCCAUGAACAGCAUGUGUUUCUACGUGAUAUGGUGGAGGAGGACUACAAAACAUCCAUUCCAUCUUUGAAGGCAUCCAUUAUUGUCUACAUCAAUGAGGAGUUACUGCCUGACAUAGAUUCAGGUGCUGAUCUUGUGGCGCAGCAAGCUCUAGAACACAUCCAUUCUGAUGAAGUCAUCAUGACCUUUGGCAAGUCUACUACUGUUCUCACGUUUCUCAAGCGUGCCGCUCGCAAGAGGAAGUUCCAGGUGGUAGUUGCUGAAACGGCACCAUCAUUUCAGGGUCAUGAGAUGGCCAAGUUACUGAGUGACGAUGGUAUCAACACGGUAGUCAUCUCUGAUGCAGCUGUGUUUGCUAUGAUGGCCAGGGUCAAUACUGUUAUCAUCGGCACACACACUAUCAUGGCCGAUGGAGGCUUGAAGGCACUGAACGGAGCACAGGCCAUCUGCCUUGCUGCCAAGCAUCACUCUGUACCUGUGAUUGUGUGUGCAGCUAUGUUCAAGUUGUCACCAAAGUUUCCGUGCUCUUAUGACCAGGAUACAUUCAACCUGUUGGACUCGCCGCACGACGUCCUCAAGUUCUCAGCGACUUGCGGCAGCUCAGACGCUCCGCAGCUCUGGAAUCCAGUCUUUGAUUAUGUUCCACCGGAUCUCAUCACUUUGUUCAUUUCUAAUAUUGGUGGCAAUGCCCCGUCCUACGUCUACCGUCUAUUGAGUGAGCUCUACCACCCUGAUGACAAAGACAUCUAAACGAGCAGCAGCAGCAGCAGACCUGCCUGAAACCAGCACAGGACAACAGUUGAGUUUGGCUGGCAAGCAGGCUACUCAGCUCACGGCUCUUAGCAGUAACAGCAGUAGGAAUGACAUACAAGGUAUAACACGCAAGGUAUGUUGUCUUGUGUAAUCUGCUGGCGAUAAUGUCACCAUGGUACUCUGCAAGUCCAGGCUGAACUCUUCGUAGCAUAGCUGCUAGAAUGUUGGUGGCAUGUGCUAUGGAACAACUGCCAGCAUGCCACUAAGCCAAUAUGCCGGUGUGAAUGUGGAUGUAAGUGUCUGUACAUAGUGUCCUACCUCUCUCUCUCUCUCUCUCUCUCUCUCUCUCUCUCUCUCUCUCUCUCUCUCUCUCUCUCUCUCUCUCUCUCUCUCUCUCUCUCUCUCUCUCUCUCUCUCUCUCUCUCUCUCUCUCUCUCUCUCUCUCUCUCUCUCUCUCUCUCUCUCUCUCUCUCUCUCUCUCUCUCUCUCUCUCUCUCUCUCUCUCUCUCUCUCUCUCUCUCUCUCUCUCUCUCUCUCUCUCGCUCUCGUUUGUACAUUUAUUUUAUCUCUUCUGUCUAUAAUAACGCCUUUGGGCACUCAGCUUUCGCAUCGUCUUGUAUAUUCCUUGUUCAUAUGUAUGUAUUGUUUUUUCUCCCUAUGUUCUUUUGUACAUAUUUGUAUGAUUUGGUUGUUUUUUUUAUCGCAACUUCUGGCAUAGUUGUGCACUCACUCUGCCGUGUGGUGAUGGGUUCUGUAUAGAGUUGUCAGUCUGUUUACACUGCUGUGGUGUUGUAAGUACGUGUGUACACUGCUGUGAUGCUGCUUAUCCCUGUGAGGCAGCAUCACGCUCUAUUCUCAUAUCGA